AUGGGGUCUGCAUCAUCUAUGUUAACUCAAUACGACAUCGAGGAAGUUCAAGAACACUGCAAUAAUUUAUUUUCCCAGCAGGAAAUUGUGUCAUUAUAUCAAAGAUUUUGUCAACUUGACCGCAAUGCCAAAGGAUUUAUUUCCGCUGAUGAGUUCUUGUCCGUCCCUGAAUUUGCCAUGAAUCCACUUUCUCAGAGGCUACUCAAGAUGGUGGACGGUUUGAAUUUUAAAGACUUUGUGGCCUUCUUAUCUGCAUUCAGUGCCAAAGCUAACGCACAACAAAAGAUAGAGCUUAUUUUCAAAGUCUAUGAUUCAGAUCGUAAUGGAAAGGUGUCUUUUAAAGAUAUAUUGGAAGUGCUAAAAGAUUUGUCGGGUUCAUUCAUGUCCGAAGACCAGAGAGAGGAAGUUCUCAGUCAAGUUCUAAGAGAAGCAGGAUACACAAAAGACUCCCACUUGACAUUGGAUGACUUCAUUAAGGUUCUUGGUCAAUCUGACCUAAAAAUGGAUGUUGAAAUCCCUGUUGAUUGA